AUGUCCAAACACUAUCGCUUCACUGCCUUCCCAACUCUUCAUACCCUCCACGGUUCUCCCAGCAUACUCACCGCACCAAUCGCUCUUCCACAAGGCUGUACGAACGACCAGAUUGUAGCAUCAUGGGCGCACCUUCUCCGCGGAUACUGCGGUACCGACACUGUUGUAUUCAGGGUUAAUGGGAUAACCUCGGGUGUUGAGUUCGCAGAAGAUGGGAGUAUGGAUUGGAUUUCAGAAGGGAGUGUAGAGAAUCCUUCGGGCGGACGGUGGACGGGAGUCUUUUUAAAUUCCAAAGGCUUUAAUCCCCUGGAUUCGCAGCUAUAUUUGACUGUAGACGGCGGCUCUGCGAUGGCAUAUAUCAAUAUCUCGACGGCGGUGGUACCGGAGAGUUACAUCCACAUAAUCUGUACACAUCUUCACCACCUUUUUACCUCCACUGCUCAUUCAGUACACACCUUGUCGGUUCUUAACCCUACCCCGCGGCAUCUACCCGGGCCUACCCUCCUCCACAACCUCAUCACCUUUUCCACUCACGAUAGCCUCCCUGCGCUUGAAUUUCUCCACUCAAACUCCUCACAGAGCACGUAUAGCUACGCGGAUCUCGACAUUCUCUCGACACAGUUUGCCCUAAAACUCCUUCCGCAUACUACAUCCACCCAGCGCCUAAUCCCUGUACUUCUUCAGCAGUCGCCAACUCUCUACAUUGCCCUUAUUGGUAUUCUCAAGGCAGGAUGCGCAUUUGUUCCGUUACCUCUAGAUGCACCUCCUCAGAGACUACAGUUCAUUGUCGAGGACAUCAAAGCGCCAUGUAUUGUCUGCGAUCCUGCUUCAUCCCCGGUUCCAAAUCUCCCAUGCGUCACACCAGACGAAGACACCCCCACAUUCUCACUGGCUAGCCUAAUGGAACUCCCCACGACGAUUUCACCCAGUGAUCCAGCGUAUGUAAUGUACACCAGCGGUACCACUGGAACACCCAAGGGCGUCCUCGUGAGUCACUAUGCUGCGGCACAGAGCCUGCUAGCGCAAGACGUGCUCGUACCGAAAAGUGUCGGGAGGUGGUUACAACAAGCGGCGCCGACAUUCGAUGUAUUUGUCUUUGAGAUGUUCUUCCCGUUAAUGCGCGGAAUUGUGUUGGUGGGGUGUGAGCGUGCGGUUAUGUUGCGUGACCUUCCGGGCGUAGUGAGGAGAAUGGCUGUGGACGUGGUGGAACUUACACCGACAGUUGCGGGAGGCUUAUUGGGCAAACCCGAGGAUAUCCCGGGCUUGAAAUGUUUACUGACGAUUGGAGAAAUGUUGACAAAGGGAGUGGUGGAUAUGUGGAGGGAUGUGUUGGUGGGGAUGUAUGGGCCUACUGAAGCGGCAAUCCACUGUACUGCCUCCACUGCGGUCGAACGAGUUGGAGAUAUUGGCACACCGUUCGAGACUGUGUCAGCAUUCGUCAUCGCCCCCUACAAAGGCGGCGAAAUCGAAGUCCUCCCCGUCGGUUGUGUGGGCGAGCUUGUGGUAGGAGGGCCACAGUUAGCGGACGGAUAUAUCAACCGCCCAGAGCAAACCCGAGAGGUAUUCAUCAAUUCAACUCGAUUCGGCAGAUUAUAUCGGACCGGUGAUAGAGCACGUGUUCUCCCGAGCAGAGCAAUUGAGUGCCUAGGCCGUAUUGGGGCUGGUCAGGUUAAAAUUCGUGGGCAGCGUAUUGAGCUUGGAGAGAUCGAAGAAGUCGUCCUCAAGACACCAGGAGUCAAGGCAUGUGUGGCCAAUGUGAUCAAGAAUACUCUUGUCAUCUGGGUUAGCGGCGCAACUUCAAAACUUGCAAUCAUUGAGACAUGCAAAAAAUGGUUACCGGCGUACAUGAUCCCUGGGGACAUCCUUACUCUCCCUACACUUCCCCGUCUUGCUUCCGGGAAGGCAGACAGAAAGCUCUUAGAGGCAAACUACAAGAACAGAAUCGUUGAACCUAAAGCAAUAACGGAAGAUAUGAACGCCUUUGAGCGAGUGAUCGCCCAUGAAGCAUCACUGCUUCUUGGCACUGCGCCCAGCAAGGAAGUCAGUCUUGUUUCACAUGGGCUUGACUCGAUGCAGGCCAUUCGCCUCACUAUCGCGCUUCGGAAACGAGGCCUUGAAGUGGAGACAGUAGACGUGAUUAGGUCUGACACAAUCUCUGGUAUUGCAGCAGGUAUUGAGAAGGGUGUGGGUACAUCCCCGAGAGUCGUGAAUGAAGCUACCCAGAGGCGAUUCGAGGAGGUCGCGAACGCUUCAAGGGAGUUACAGGAGGACCAGAACGUGCUGAAGGUUAUUCCGUGUACUUCUGUGCAGGCCGCUAUGCUAGCAGAAACAGGGAAAGAUAGCGCCGCAUACUGUAAUUGGAUGCUACUCUCCUUACCACCGAACAACAACGCAGCCAAAGUAGAGGCCGCUGUCAGGAAAAUUAUCGAUGCCAAUGAGAUUCUGCGCACCGGGUUUGUAGUCCUGGAGGGUGGGUUCGCGCAGGUGGUAUAUCAUACCUCUCGCCCAUCUCAAUUUACCCUAUCGAACACGAUUCAGAAGGAUUGGAGCGUUUCUGUUCCCCAGCUGCUGUCACCACCUUUCAGAGUUGCUCUUGUUGGUGGCCAACUAAGCGUUCAAAUUCACCAUGCACUCUAUGACGGUUGGUGUUGGGACAACAUCAUGUCCGAUCUUGCCGCACACCUUUCCGGACAUUCUGUAGCUCCACGUCCACAGUACCAAGUUGUUGUAGAGCACGAAUUGGACACAGAUAAUUCUAGCAGGAUCGAUUAUUGGCGAAACGCCCUGUCCGGAAUUGAGCCGGUGCCCUUCCCGUGCUUGACGGGGAAGAGUGACGUGGCCGAUGAGGUGCGCCAGGAGACUGCUACGAUGAGUACCGGGAAAGAAGAAUAUGAGGGUGCUGCAAGAAAGUUUGGUGUGGCGCCAGUGGUUUUGGUACAGGCUGCAUGGGCCAUGUUGUGGUCAUUAUACGUUGGCGAAAGCGACGUUGUUGUGGGAAAUGUUCUCUCCGGCAGGACAGUCGCCCUAGAGGGGGUUGAGAAUGUAAUUGGGCCGAUGAUUGUCACUGCACCGGUUAGAGUAAACGUGAGGAGACAGCGUAGUGUGAGAGAGGUUGUAAGCGAGGUUGCGAAGCGCGGGAGAGAGGUUUUGGGGAAUGAGAUUGGAUUGAGAGAGGUAAAGAAGGCCUGGGGUGGUGAGGGGAGACUUUUUGAGAGUUUGCUUGUCUGGCAGGAGUCUUUGACUGCUGAAAGAAGCGUGAAAAUCUUUCCGAUUCUCCUCGAAGUUACACCUGGUACUGUUGACAUAUCCCUGCGGGCAACCUACCAAACUUCCAUUCUUCCGCCUGCCCACACAGCAUUGAUAUUAGCCCAGCUCGACCAAUUUGUCACUUCGAUCAUUUCAAACCCCGACCAGACCCUAACAAACCUCCUUCAAUCCCUUCCGCCAUCUGCUCUCUCUAUCGAGAAUCCACAUAUCAUAACCCGCUCAAUAACCUCUACACCUUCCAUCUCUCACCUCGUCGAACUCGCUGCUUCCCGCAACCCAAAUGCAAUCGCAAUUGACUUUGCAGAUGACAUAAUUGGCACCACUACUGAAUCUACAACACUAACCUACCAUACCUUCAACACCAAUGCUAAUAAACUAGCCUAUCAUCUGCUCUCUCUUGGUGCAAAACCGGACACACUUAUAUCAAUCUGCAUGGAGAAAUCGCCAAUCCUCUACAUCUCUAUCCUUGCCAUCCUUAAAUCCGGUGCUGCGUAUGCUCCUAUAACCCCAGAGACUCCGAACGAGAGAAAGAACCAGAUUAUAGAAAGCGGUGAUAUACGUAUUCAUCUCACCACUAGCGACCUCGCCCCGGAACCCUCAGGUGUGCCUCAGGGCGUCGUAGUAGUUUGUGUGGACACGGUAAACACUCUCUGGUAUUCCGAGGCAAACCCAGAUAUUCAAAGAUCCGAGAGAGACCUAGCAUAUGCGGUUUUUACAUCCGGGAGCACAGGAAAACCAAAGGGUGUGUUGGUGGAGAAUCAUGCGAUUGUGAACCAUCUUAGACUACUCGCGGAGAUGUACCCGGCAGCGUUAGGGAAGAGGCUAUUGCAGUUCUGUACCGUUGCCUUUGAUGUGUCGGUGUUUGAGAUCUUUUUUACCUGGGCAAUGGGUAUGACACUCUGUGUAGCAAGGAAGGAUGUGCUGCUACGCGAUAUCGAGAGCGCUAUAAACGCCUUCAAGAUCACACAUCUGAGUAUGACACCCACUGUCGCAGCGCUUGUCAACCCUGAUAAUGUACCGUCUGUGGAAUUUCUCGUCACUGCCGGAGAAGGUCUUAACAGGAAGGUGUUUGAGGCUUGGACUGGUAGGGGACUCUGGACCGGGUAUGGACCAAGUGAGACGGUGAAUAUUUGCACGGUAAGACCGAAUUUGAGGAAGGAAGAUCACAUUAAUACACUAGGAGAAACAUUUGCCAAUACCUCUACCUUUGUAAUUUCUCAAAAUGAAGAUGAUUUCUGUUUGCUCCCUAGGGGUGCAGUUGGAGAGCUGUGUUUCGGAGGUGCUCAAGUCGCACGUGGAUACCUCAAGCAGCCCGAGCUUACCGCCCGAAAGUUCCCCACCCAUCCCACAUAUGGUCGUGUUUACCGUUCCGGUGAUAUCGGGCGUCUCCUCUCCGACGGGUCAAUCGAGUUUAUCGGCCGCAUUGACGACCAAGUCAAGAUUCGUGGACACCGUAUUGAGCUGGGUGAAAUUACCUCUGUUCUCCUGCGUUCGGCGGCUGUUCUUGACGCUGCCGCUAUCCCAGUGAGAAAAUCUUCUACAGAUCCGUAUCUACUUGUUGCAUUCGUUCUCCUUGUAUCUCAUCAGGACAAGGAGUUUGGCGUUGUAAAAGCAGACCAAGGUGUUCGCGAGAUACUGGGCGUAUUGUUCAAGGCACUGUCUGCUUCACUACCAGAGUACAUGGUUCCCGCGGUAUUGCUCCCCGUGACAACAAUCCCGAUGACCGCGACAGGAAAGAUUGACAAAAAAAUUCUCGAAAAGACAUUCUUCGAUGUUGAUACCGCUACAGUUGAAUCGUACAGCGAGGAAACUGAUAAGGAAGUCGAUGCGCAAUGGUCACAGGUUGAGAUGGAGAUCGUUGGGGUUGUUGCCGAUGUUGCGCAAGUAACCGUUGGUGAAAUUGGUAGAGGAACGUCGAUCUUCAAGCUCGGACUGGACUCAAUUUCAGUGAUUCAGUUAUCAAAUCGCAUCAUGAAGGCAGGCUACAAAAGAUUAGAUGUGUCACAGAUUAUGAAGAAUCCGACUGUUGGUGCUCUUGCUACCUUGCUUGGGGAAAUGGAUGAAGGGCAGCCCGCUACCAACAUUAUUCGAGAGGAUUCCUUGAAGCUGUUUGCUGAGAGCGUUAAAGCGACGGCCAUCGAGCAGCUCGGUGUAGCCCCAGAGGACAUAAUGAAGAUAUUGCCUUGCUCCCCACUACAAGAAGCCAUGUUGACGCAAAAGAAAGGCGUUAAUACGAGCACUUACUACAAUCACACCGUCCUACAUCUUCGGGCUAACCCUACACGUUUGAAAAAGGCAUGGGAACAUAUGGCCGAGAGACACGAUAUCAUGCGGACCUGCUUCUGCGUCACGGAGGAUUCAAGACAUGCGUAUGCUCAGGUUGUGCUCAAGAAGCUUGACCUGCCGUGGACUACCUUUGAGGUAGAGGCGACGCGGGAGCAAAUCGACAAGCGUAUCGAUGAAAUCUCAAGAUCUAUGAGCAUCAACAGUGCUCCAUAUGCAUUUUCAUUGUUCGCAGGGGCGACUUUGGUUAUGUCGUUCCACCACUCUCUUUACGAUGGUUAUGCAAUGGGUCUCCUACUUGAUGAUGUGCGAAGUGCUUACCUAGGACUGGAGCUCCCAAUAAGACGUCCUUUCGAUCGGGUGUUGGAGUAUAUGGAGAACAUUGACCCCGAAGCAUCUGACAGUUUCUGGAGGGGCCUAUUGACUGGUUUCGAAGCAUCUGCAUUCCCAGACCUAACAGGCAAGACAGCACUAUUUAAAGAGGAAACUAAACUUACAGGUAUGACGGCAGCAAGAAUGACUUGUUCAAAGACGUUGAGUGAAAUUGAGGAGGGUUGUAGAGAAAUCUCAACCUCGCUGCUGGCAUUAGGACAGACCGGAUGGGCAAGGUUAUUGGCGGCCUAUUCCGGAGAAACCGAUGUUUGUUUUGGUAGUGUUGUGAGCGGAAGGACCAUCCCUGUGGAUGGAGUGGAGGACGUUAUUGCCCCGUGCUUUAAUACAGUCCCAUUGAGAGUACAGCUAACCCCAGGUGCUACUAAUUUAACGGUUAUGAAUAGUAUCAGGAGUCUUAAUGCGGAUAUUCUGCCGUAUCAGCUAACCCCGUUGAGAAGGAUCAUGAACACGCUGAAGACUGAGGGUCAGGCCCUAUUUGAUACCCUGUUUAUCUUGCAGUAUGCGAAUGAGGCAUCAGAAGACUUAUGGGAAGAGGUCGACGACCGCGGGGAGAUGGAUUUCUCUGUCGUUGUCGAGCUUGUACCUAAUCGCAAUAGAAACAGCUUAGACAUUGUUCUUUAUUUCCGCCGGGAUGUUAUACUCGAGGAGCAAGUUGAUGUGAUUAUUCAGCAGUUGAAUGCGGCGAUCAUUGACUCUCUACAAUAUCCUGAUGAGCUCGCGAUAAACUUCCGGGAAUUCAAGCCAUCAAUCUUGGCGAGGGCAAACAGCAAGUCGUUAAAUCUCGAAGGCGAAGGCUACGAUUUACUACACUCUGAAUUUGAGCGCCAUGCCCGCGAGAAUCCAUCAUAUGUCGCACUUGAAUUCCUUGAUAACGACUACAAAAUCACAAGCUGGACAUUCCGCGAACUCAAUGAAGCCGCAAAUCGAGUCGCUCAUUACCUUGUCUCUCUGGGGUUGAAGCGUGACGAGGCUGUACCGCUAUGCCUCGAGAAGUCUCCCUUAUUCUAUAUUUGUGUUUUGGGUGUGUUGAAGGCCGGGUGCGCAUUCACCCCAAUCGAUCCUACACUGCCAGAUCAGAGGAAAAUGUUUAUGAUAGAGGAACUUGGGGCGAGGGUUGUGCUUGUUACUGCUGCUACGGCAGGGGGCAUGGGACGUGUGGCAAUGGUGGAUGUUGAAAGUGGGGUCAUGGAUUCUCAACCGGUUACGAAUUUAAACAUUAAAGGUCUCACACCGAGAUGUUUAGCCUAUAGACUUUAUACUUCAGGCUCCACUGGUCAGCCCAAAGCUGUCUCUCUUGAAAUCAAGAGUGCUGUGCAAACUUUCCGCGCCUCAAAGUCCCUCAUCCCAUGGAAAUCGGAUUCAAGGCUCCUCCAAUUCGCCGCAACUACCUUUGAUAUGUGCUACUACGACUGUUUCAUGGCGUGGAGUUAUGGGUUUACACUUUGUUCUGCAGCGAAGAAACAUCUCCUUGGUGACCUCGAAGGGACUAUCAUGACCAUGAAAGCAACCCUUUUGGAUCUGACACCCACUGUUGCAGCUACUCUUGUUGCAGAAAAUCUUACGACUGUGGAGAUGCUGUAUUGUAUUGGAGAGGCAAUGCCGCAGAAGGUGGUCAAUGAUUGGGACGGAAGAUGCGUUAACUCUUACGGACCUACUGAGGCAGCAAUGUGUUGUACAAUCACGGCCACAGACAGGUACACAAAAUCUUCCAACAUCGGCAAACCAUUCCCUACAGCAAGUUUCUUCGUUCUCUCCCGCAGUGGAGAGUAUGUAGUCCCUAUCUUCGGUAGCGGCGAGCUCUGUAUUGGAGGGCCACAAGUAGCACGUGAAUAUCACAACAACAUACAGCUUACCAAACGCCAGUUUAUUCAAUUAGAGGGGGGUACGGUAUACAGGACUGGUGAUCUUGUUCGCAUGCUGGGAGACGGGACUUUUGAGUUUCUUGGGCGCGCAGACGACCAGGUGAAGAUUCGCGGGUUGCGGGUUGAACUAGAUGAAAUCAGUUCUGUUUUAAGGAGCGGGCACAGGGAUAUUAAGGAUGCAACAACAAUCGUGGUUAAGCACAGCGAAGGAACAAAGGAGCAGCUUGUGUCCUUCCUAGCGGUUGAGGGUAGAAAACAACAUGGAACAAAGCCUAAAGUAUUGAAGGCUGGCCCACUACCCGAAGAAAUCCAAAGCUCGGCGUUGAAGGCGGCGAGGACAAAAUUGCCAAGAUACAUGAUCCCGGCAGUGGUCUUGAUCAUUGACCAUGUUCCACGUUCAGCAGCAGGAAAGGUUGAUAAGAAAGCAUUAGGAGCGUUUUUUAGGGAACAAGAUAUCCAGUCAUUUGGGGCUGCGGGUGUAGAGGAGGAUGAGAGCGUGUGGAGUGAGGGAGAAAAGAAGAUCAGAAGUGUGUUUUCUCAGAUAUCAAGGGUUCCGGUUCAGCAAAUUUCUCGGAACUCAACUAUUUAUGAAAUCGGGCUUGAUAGUAUCAGUGCCGCUCAGGUCGCGAUGCAGUUGAAGCGCAUUGAUUUGGAAAUCUCAGUUCUGGAUAUUCUUGAGCGACCAUCUAUAAAGCAAUUAUCAAAACUACUCACUACAGAUAGCAAACAUAUCGAAGCCAAGAGUCAGAUUUCCGGUGACUACCUGGUGAAUUUCAACGAUCAAUUCAUGGACCAAAUUCUCAAGGACACGGGUAUCGCAAAAGACAGAAUCGCCGGGGUAUUCCCGUGUACGCCGGCGCAAGAGGGAAUGCUAUCACAGUUUCUGCGUUCUAAAGGCGGCCUAUAUUUCAAUCACUCUGUCUUCAAACUACCCCAGAAUGUCGACUUGAGUCGCCUGCGCAAGUCUUGGAAUGCUGUCUCUGACUCGCACGACAUGCUCCGUGCUGGUUUCGUUGAGGUUGAACACAAUACACAUGCUUUUGCUACCAUCAUCUAUGCUCAGGGUUCUGUUGACCUGCCGUGGACUAUAGUGGAUAGCAGAGGGAAUAAGGAUAUUGUGCUUUCUGCACAAAAGGAGCUUGGGGCUUCUCGUGCGCUCGAGAAUCUCCACCUCCCGCCAUGGAGUGUCACUGUGAUUAGAGAAAGUGCCAUGGAAUCACUACUGCUGUUUUCUGCACACCAUGCUUUAUACGACGCAGAAACCUUAAGCCUUUUCCUCAACGAUGUUUUCUCUGAGUAUUCUGGUAAACGUGUCGCUUCCCGCCCCAAAUUUUCUGCCGUUCUUAGCAAUAUUGUGAAGCAUUCACUGGAUGCCGAGGUUAUCGAAGAGGAUAAAACCUUCUGGCUACAACAACUUAAAGGGACGAGCAUUUCACGUUUCCCAAACUUAUGUCCUGUCAGGUUCAAGAGUACUUCCAGUCAUGUUUGUUCGACAGAGACGAGUUGGAGUUUGUCAAUGAUCGAGAGCAGGUGUCGGAAAUUGGGGAUCUCGGUGAAUUCUGCAGGGCAAGCCGCCUGGGCAAGGGUGCUCUCGGCAUAUAUGGGGGAUACUGCUGUCACAAUGGGAAUCGUACUUUCGGGAAGAUCUGGCAUUGUUGGUGCCGAGAAUGUGGCUUUCCCGUGUAUCACAACUGUGCCUUCCCUAUGUCUAUUAACCGGUACAAAUCUUGAACUUGCAUUGGCUUUACAACAUAGCAAUGCACAGGCACUGAAGCAUCAGCACACACCUCUUCGAAACAUCCAAGGGUGGUUUGAGCAUCGCCAAGAAUCCUUCUUCGACUCUAUCUUUGUGUACCAGAAGACGGAGUCUAGCAGCAAGAGUUCGUGGGAAAUUGUAGAGGAGGAUGCUUUCGUUGACUACACGAUCUCCUUAGAAAUCGAACCCACAAAUGACGACUCCCUUCUUAUCCGGGCAACAUGCAGAGACAACGUCAUGCCCAAAGAACAAACACAGUUGCUCAUUCAGCAAGUCAAUGCUGCACUGGUAGACAUCUUACAGAACCCUAAUAGCUCAAGCAUAGAGUUCUUGAGUUUUCCGCCGGCAUUGCUCUCAUGUACCCCGCCCUUAAUUGACGGAAUUCCCACAGAUAUCACCCUGUUGCACAAAUUCGUUGAAAAGUACAGGAAACUAACGCCAGACAAAAUUGCCUUCGAGUUUGCCACAUCAAUUCAGGAAGGGUGCGCGAUCAAAGAAACAUGGACCUACACCCAACUCGACGAAGAGGGCAACCGAAUCGCAAACUACCUCUUAAACCUUGGAGUCAAAACUGGACAAAUUGUUGCCAUCUGCUUUGAGAAGUGCCCUGAAGCAUCAUUUGCUAUUCUUGGAAUCCUGAAAGCCGGUUGUGCAUUCAUGGCACUUGACUAUAAUGCACCCAUUGACAGAAAGGCUUUCAUUGUCGAGGACUCGGGCGCGAAAUGUGUGUUGACUAUGGACAAAUAUGCUAAGGAAUUCAAAAGCAAAGUUAAAGUGAAAGUUGUGUCUCUAGAGAGUGAUACGGAAGUCAAAAUAUCCUCAUCCGAAACUCCUUUUAUUGCAGAUCUCAAACCGGAAGACCUUUGCUACUGCCUAUACACAUCCGGCACUACUGGAACACCGAAGGGAUGCGAGCUCACACACGAAAAUGCUGUGCAGGCAAUGCUUGCUUUCCAACGCAUAUUCAACGGUCAUUGGGAUUCUGAAUCACGCUUCCUCCAGUUCGCAUCAUUUCACUUUGAUGUCAGCGUUAUGGAACAAUAUUUCAGUUGGAGCGUGGGCAUGUGUGUUACUUCAGCGCCCAGAGACGUUAUUUUCCAGGAUCUUGCUCUCACAAUAAACGAGCUUCAGAUCACGCAUUUAGAUCUCACACCUAGUCUUGCGGCGUUGCUUCGUCCAGAAGAUUGUCCUUCAUUGUGUAGAGGCGUUUUUAUUACGGGAGGUGAACAAUUAAAACAGGAAAUUUUGAAUACUUGGGGAGAGACAGGAGUAAUUUAUAACGGAUACGGGCCUACGGAAGUCACUAUAGGAUGUACAAUGUACGCUAGGGUCCCAGCGAAUGGGAAACCCUCCAAUAUCGGCACUGCAUUUGAUAACGUUGGUUCUUUUGUUUUCACGCCCAAUACAAGUCGACCUGUUCUUAGAGGAGCAAUUGGUGAGCUAUGUGUUUCUGGAAAGCUGGUUGGACGUGGAUAUCUCAACAGGGCAGCUCUCACUGAAGAGAAAUUCCCACACUUAAAGGAAUUCAAUACAAGGAUAUACCGGACUGGUGAUUUGGUGCGCAUUCUCUAUGAUGGUACUUUUGAUUUCGCGGGACGAGCGGACGACCAGGUCAAGCUCCGUGGACAGCGCCUCGAGAUUGGAGAGAUCAAUGAGACCCUCAAACAGGCAGACUCACGGGUCAAAGCAGUUGCCACACUGGUUCUAAAGCACCCGAAACAGCAGAAAGAUCAACUCGUCUCAUUUAUUGUCUUGGGAACAGCCAAAGCCUCCAGUACAUUAGAUCCAGUAGUCCUGGAUGAUCCCGAACAUCACCAGGUCAUCCCAAUUUUGGCCGAUGGAUGCAGGAGAAAACUACCCGUAUAUAUGGUUCCUACACACUUCUUGCCUAUAUCGAAGAUGCCAUUGUCAGUGAACAACAAGGUCGAUAACAAAAAGCUCAAAGAAAUUUAUAAAGACACGUCCCUCGCACUUCUUCAACAAAUAUCAAGGAGAGAGGAAGUUAAUGAAGAAAAUUGGACUGAUGGCGAGGCUCGCAUUCGAAAGAUAUUGGCCGAAAUGACUGGACUUCAAACCUUGGAGAUCAAGCAUUCUUCGACUGUGUUUGAGCUUGGGUUAGAUUCAGUUUCUGUGGUUGGAUUAGCGCGCAAAUUGAAGAAAGAUGGAUUUUUUGCAUCAACCGUUUCUCUUGUCAUGAAAUAUCCGGGUGUGGAGCAACUGGCAGCAGAGUUGAGCAAGGGCGAAAACAAUAGCUCACAAGAACUUGCAAGAACAGGAUCGAUCAACCAAAAACUAACAGCAUUUGCCAACAAAGGUUCCUUUGAGGUGUGCGAACGCCUCGACCUUGAGCCGGAUCAGAUUGAGGCUAUCGUUCCCUGCACAGCUCUUCAGGAAGGAAUGAUUCUUCGUUUCAUCGAUUCAGAGAAACCUCUUUACUACAAUUCCUUCUCAUUCUCACUUGCAAAGUCUACAGAUACCAACUUACUUCAUUCAGCCUGGGAUGCGGUGGUAAAAUCAACUGGUAUCCUACGAACCUGCUUCUGCGAGACCUCGGAUGGUUAUGCUCAAGUCGUACUUAGGGAUUCAGAAGUUGAGUGGCGAGAAAUUAAUGUCAAGGGUGAGGGCUUUCAGAGCGUGAUAACCGACGAGAUGAUGGAACACGUUAGUAUGAACAGGGAACUACACCAGACACCAUUAUACCUACUCCUUCUUCGAACACCUUCGAGAAUAAUCCUGGUAGUCAACAUUUUCCAUGCCCUUUACGACGGAAACAGUUUGCCUUUUAUAUUCCAGGACGUCCAGAGAGCCUAUCGAAACCAACUAAAACCAAGGACUCAUCAUUUCCACGAGCUCGUCGGGCAUAUUCUAUCUAUAGACAUGGACGGCGCAAGAACAUUCUGGGGGUCUACUCUUGCGGAAGCCAAACCGUCUAAUUUCCCUCAACUCAUUCAAUCAGCCGCAGAUAUUGACCACCUAGUGCAGCUCAAGCCAAAGAUCGUAAUGGAGGAUGUUGAGAAGUGCUGCAAGAAAUUGAAUUGUACCCCGCAAUCGAUAUUCCAGGCUGCUUGGGCAAACACCCUUUCACCAUAUCUGGGACACCAGUUUGCUUUUGGAGUCGUUGUAUCUGGGCGAUCACUACCAAUAGACGGCGUUGAAGACACUAUCGGACCAAUGUUCAACACAAUCCCAUGUUCCUUAGAUGUGAAAAAUGCCUCUUCUUGGGAGAAACUAAUUCAGCAAGCUCAUAAAUUCAAUUCGGAGUCUAUCACCUACCACCACACUCCUCUUCGUCUCAUCAAUAAGUUGAUGCAUGCUACUUCAGAAAAGCCACUUUUCGACACUUUGUUCGUGUACCAAAAAGACCCAGGCAGUGAUGAUACUACCGAGGCUCCUAUUUGGAAUAUAAUGGAAAGCUCGGCGGUAGCAGAUUACCCGCUUGCUUUGGAGAUUGAAGAGAGUUACCUUCAUGGGUUGAAUUUCUCGAUUGUUGCGAAAAGCUCGGUCCUCACAACUGACAAAUCUCUUGGGCUACUGAGUAUCCUUGAAAGAAAUAUCAAAGAGAUCCUACAAAGUCCCCUUAGCAAACCUUCUCUGGAGAAAACGCUCGAAUCCGAUCUCAUUAUGCCAAAAGAAUCCAAUGAUAUAUAUACAAAUGGACAAGCUGGCUUCCAAUGGGGACCCAAUGCAAAGAUCCUUCGCUCGACGAUUGCCAAACUUGCAGAUAUCGGUGAAUCGGAAGUUGAUGAAGAUUCCUCUAUUUUUGAAUUGGGCCUCGACAGUAUCGAGGCUAUCAAACUCUCUUCGAGGCUACGUUCCAGCAGCAUCAAGCUUUCAGUCAGUACAAUUAUGAGAAACCCGACUAUCCGAAAAAUGCACGAAGUCCUCUCACAAUCGACAAAGAAUAACAAAACCAUUCCAAAGUCGGAUCGACUUACUGAGUUUGAGCAAAGUAUCCGCGAGAAUCUCAAAGGGCGGACGCAUACCUUGGAUUUGGAUCAGAUCGAAGCCAUUUAUCCCGCUACACCGCUCCAGGAAGGCAUGAUCGCGGAAACACUUGCAUCUGACUAUAAACUUUACUUCAACCACGACGUCUUAGAGCUCGACAGUACGGUUGAUAUAAGGCAAUUGAGGAAUGCAUGGGAAUUAGCUUUCCAAAAUAGCGAGAUACUAAGGACGAGCUUCUUCAAAGUCUCUGAUAUAUCUGUUGAUUUACCAUAUAGCUAUAGCUUUGGCCAAGCCGUUCACAAACGACCUCAGCUCAGGUGGAAGGAGGUCCUCAUAUCAUCAAACACAAGAAAAGCCAUCAAGGCCGCUAUGCAACAAGCCGCGCAAAAUGUCAACAUGCUUCAGGAGCCCCCGCUACAGAUCACUAUCGUAAAGUCUCCAAUGUCAAAUUAUUUAAUUCUUUCUAUGUCUCACGCAUUAUACGAUGGAUGGUCUCUGGGUCUUUUGCAUGAAGACGUACAAAAUGCAUACCUCGAUUCACCUUCAUCAAGACCGUCCUGCCGUCCCCUUUUGGAAGAUAUCUUCAGCGUGGAUCCGAAAGAUUCAAACAAAUUCUGGAAACAAAUGCUCGCAGGUUCCUCGCCCUCAAUGUUUCAAACAUCUACUGAGAAUUCCCCCGCUAUUACCCACCGCUUUGAAAAGCCAUCUGCUUUGCCAUUUUGGAGGAUUCAGUCUUUCUGUAAACAGAUGGGAGUAACGGUUCAAUCGCUUGGACAAAUGUGUUGGGCACUUCUCUUGGCUCAUCACCUAGGAGAACCUGAUGUUCUUUUUGGUACCGUUCUUUCUGGAAGGGAUAUUGAGUCUGCAGACGAAAUGCUUUUCCCGGCAAUGAACACGGUUCCUGUGCGUGCCAUUGCCCAUGGAGACUAUAAAGACAUGCUUCGCUACAUACAAGACAAUUCUGCGAGAGUUCUCAAAUACCAGCAUACGCCUCUACGCCAAAUCCAAAAGCUGGUGGAUAGCCAGGGACAACGACUUUUUGAUACUCUCUUUAUUUACCAACGUGGCCGCGAACAAAGAGGGAGUAGCCAAAAGCCAUUGUGGAGUUCAGUCGAUGGAACUGCAAGCGUUGAGUACAACAUAUGCAUCGAAAUGGAGCACUGUGGGGAUAAUCUUCUCUGGAGGAACGCCUGUAAAUCUACCGUGCUGUCAGAAGCCGACUCGGAAUCACUUCUCCAGACACUUGAUUCACUUCUGGUGCAUAUCGUCAACAAUACCGACCAUCCAGCCAUAGUACACCACAAAGAAGGGAUCGAAUUUGGAAAUAUCCCUAUAUGUGCUCGCCGCUCGGACAGCACUACGAGUCUCAACGGCCUACGCAUCGACCUUGACGAGACAGCUAACAAAAUCCGACAGGCUCAGAGCAAUACAGGAGAUGCGGCAGCUAUUGUAGCGAGUGAUAACGGAAGGCAACUGCUAGUCGUUUUCAUUACUAAGGGACAAUCUAUUCACAAUGUAGCAUCAUUCGCCCGUCACGAAUUCCCCCACUGGUCAAUGCCAUCUUUCAUAAUUCCCAUGAGCACAUUACCUCAUAAGGAUGGUAAAAUCGAUCGAUCGCAGCUAGAAUCCCAUUUCCUUUCAAUGAAACCCGAGAAACGCGAUGAGUUUGCCGUACAGGAAAAGAAAGGCGAAUGGACAUCAUUGGAACUUACCUUCCGCCGUAUUCUGUCAGCUGUUUCUCAACUACCAGAGUCUGAAAUCGAGCGUACACAGACAAUUUUUCACCUAGGCUUAGACUCAAUCAGUGCCAUUAGCUUCUCCUCGAAGCUUCGAGAGCAGCUAAUCUUCCUCAGUGUCGCCGAGAUCUUGCGUGCAGCCACGAUUGAACGCAUGGCAGCCGUUGCGAAAACAAUGAAUGAUGAAGCUCCCAAGACUCCCGUGGACACGGAGAAGGCCUUGGAGCAGGCUCUAGGAGAUAUCAACAUCAAGUCACUUCUCGGCGGAAUCCCUGAAGCUAGCAUAGAAAGUGUGGCGCCUGCAACCGCUGGUCAGGUUUACAUGCUCUCUGCAUGGAAGAACUCGAACUACACAAUAUUUAUGCCGACAUUCACCUUCAGAUGCCGGAAGAUUGAGCAUUCUCGCAUUCUCUCGGCCUGGGAGUCUCUUGUACGCCAAGAGCCCAUCCUCCGUACUACUUUCCUAGCAACCGAUAGCGAAGAUACACCUCUUGUUCAAGUGACCUUCAGAAAUCCGGCGACCCAAACUGAGUGGUAUCAAUCCUCGACAACAAACAACGACAGCCUCAUCAAUUUCUUCAAAUCGCAGGAGCAGAGCAAGUCUGUCGAUUUGGAGCAACCUCCUGUCCGUCUCACCACUCUCAUCACGCCAGUUGACACAAUAAUCUUCCUGACCAUUCACCAUGCGUUGUACGAUGGAGUCAGUCUUCCACUCCUACUUUCGAAAUUCCAAGGCUUCCUCGAUGACAGCGCAGAACGUCUCCCAACCCCAGAACCCGAGGCCCCACGCUUCCUAGAUUUUGUGUCAUUUGCACAUUCGCAAGAUGUCCAGCAACAGUCCCGCUUCUGGAGUAAAUACCUGGAUGGCGCCGUCUCCACCCCCGUUCCGCUCAAAUACCCGGACUUGCAGACCACCGAGAGGACAGAGUUGUUCCGAACCAGCGUCAUCGAUAAGAGCAAUCUCCUCGAGAGCCGCUGUCGCGCUGAGGGCGUCUCGCUCCAAUCCAUCUUCCUAGCAGCCUAUGCCAAGGUUUACGCCUACCAUCUCGAUCUCAAAGAUGGCCCCGUCAAGAAAAAGGAGGAUGUCAUAUUCGGUAUCUACCUCUCCAACAGGCACCUUCCCAUCCCAGACCUUGCCAUCAUGGCGGCUCCUACCCUGAAUCUUGUCCCUCUCCGCAUUCGUUCGCCGAGAACAACUACGCUUGUUCAACUCGCUCGACAGGUUCAGGCGGACCUAACCGAGAUCGGAAGCGCCGGUAAUGGAACCGUGGGGCUAUGGCAAGUGGAAAAGUGGACGGGGGUGCAGGUUGAUUGCUUCUUUAACUAUCUGAAGAUGCCGGGCGGAGAUGAGGCGGCAGGUGGUGAUGGUGAGAUGGGCUUUGAGGACUUGAGGGUUGACGUGAAGUCGGAUCUUGGUGCUGCAAGAGCAGAAUUGCCAGAGAAGGUAUGGAUGGAUAGCGCAAAGACACAUUUGGAUAUCGAGGUUGCGGUCUAUGGCGACAAGGUUGAUAUCGGGGUGUUUUCUACUGCGCAGACCCUCAACAAGGAGGAUGCGAAUAAUACUAUUGAAUGGAUGCGUGAUAUUGUGAUGGGUAUUUUGUAG